AUGAUAAAAAUAGUAGCAGUAAUACACUUGGAAAGUUCUAAGAUUAACAAACAUGAUGAAGAAGAAAAUCCUGAAGAUGUUUCUUUAGGCAAAGUAGCGCCGCGACGGUCAGACCGUAAAAAAAGUAGGUCUAGAUCACGGAAAGAUUUAAAAGAAAUUUCGUCACACCCGAACGGAGAUAGGCAUUCUUCAGACGAAGAAGAUCAAUCAGUGUCUGUAUUUAUAAUAUUUUCGUCCAAUAUUUUAACAAGGUAG